CCUCUCAUUGGUGUUCUUCUUGAGCCGAAGGUACUUCUUCCUGUUUGUGUAGUCCUUGUGCGAGGAAGCUUGCUAGCGCGAUAGCCAACUGAGAAAUUGUUCAGUUUCGGUUUUUCUUUGUGAUAAACAGACCUGGUCGAACUUCAAGGACACAAUGAUCGAAGUCGUUUGUAAUGACCGCUUGGGCAAAAAAGUCCGAGUUAAGUGCAACUCAGAGGACUGCAUUAAAGAUCUUAAGAAGUUGAUAGCAGCACAAACAGGGACCAGAUGGGAAAAAAUUGUGCUGAAGAAAUGGUACACAAUAUUCAAGGACCACGUGACUCUCGGAGAUUAUGAAAUUCACGAUGGAAUGAAUCUGGAGUUGUAUUAUCAGUAGGAAGAGGAAGUUUGGAGUCCCCCCCCCCCCCUCUUCCCUGCAUCUUAACCCGCUCACCCCUAGCAGGAACAGUUUACCUGACUUUAUUUUGUCCCAUUUGGAAAUAAAAUAUGUAUUCUUAAGAGUGCGAGUCUUUUUCUUUGUUGUGCUGGCUCUUUGUGUGCUUUUACCCUUCUGUUUACCCCAAUGGAAACUCCAUUGAUAAUAAAUAUGAACUGAAAAUGUG